ACAUCCACAUCUGAGAUGUGUAAUGCUGCCCUGCAGAGCGGUGCCCAUAGACACACACAGUGUCUCCUCCGACAUCUGCUUCCAAACCAAAAUCCAACGACUAUUAAGGACUUUUUCCUUCCCUCCACAGUUCUUUUCUUCCAUCUCCCUCUCGUCUCUGGGAGCUCCAUCCGCAUUGGGAUAGGCAGCAACUCCAGCCUCUAUGAGCAGAGCAUUCUGCCAUGUAAGAAGGAAGAGCUGCAGUGUGGCACCGGGCUCUGCCUCUCCAACUGGCUGCGCUGCCGCUACAGGAAGGACUGCGGCCGGGACUACAUGUCCAUCCAGCUGACGUGCUCCAAAGUUCACCUGAACCAGAGCAGCCCGACCAGUGAACUCCCCAGCUACAGUGAGAAUGGCAGUGAUGCCAGUUUACUUGUUUCUCCCCUUCUGGUGGCUGGAGUAGUGAUCGGACUCGUGCUGUUUCUGUCCUGUGUCACCAUCAUUGUUGGCAGCCUGCGGAAGGACGGACGGCUGAGACACCCCCAUCAGAGGAGAGACGCUGCUUAUGCUCCAGACGGCUUCUCUUAUGGCGGCUCUUUUGGAGAGCUGAGAUCCACCUGCAUGGAGGAGUUUCCCCCAGCUUUUGAUUUUGGUUCCUAUGUGGAUACACUUUCUCAGGUCAACAUCAUGUAUCCUGACUCACCUCCACGCUAUGAUGAAUGCGUGGGGCCAGGAGCAACGCAAAUAUAUAUUCCCACAGAUGAUCCCCCCCCAUAUUCUCUUACGGACCCCUGUCAAAGCAAUGAAAUAUCUAUAAACAUCAGCCUGGAGGAGGAAGAAGCGGCAGGGACUGCAGGGCAGGCAGCACACCACGCCACCAGGCUACAGGGCUGGCAGCAGCCUGUCCCAUCCAUCUCUCUGUCGCCGCUCCCCACGGAGGCUGCUCCCCGGUACGAAGCAGUGGUGCAUGAGCACAGCAUCCCCAUCCCGCUGGUGCCAGUGGAAGUGCUGAAAAACUCUGCCUCUGACUAUCAGACCGUUCUGAGCCAAAUCCUGUGAACAAAAGGGGCUUUCUCCUGCCAUCUUUCUGAAGAACUCAGACUGAAAAAAAAACAAACCACACUUAAAAUGGAAGAAUAAAACCUCUUAAAGUUUUACCUAUUUUAUAUCUUUACUAAGGGAUGUAAUGGGAUUGUUUUUUAUUUUUUACAGUGAAUUUUGAAUGUUUACCUAAAUUUCCCUCUUUAUGCUUCGAAGUGUUCCAUGGCGUCAUGUAGCCCAGAAAAGCAGCAGUGAGGAGCAGUGCAUCUGGCCUUCCUGAAGCAUCUCAGAUCUCACUGACAUUGCCACUCAAUGUACAUAUAUGUUAUCUAGUCAUGCUUACUCCUCGAUUUUAUGAUAAUUUGCAUGUUUUAGAGCAGAAGGAAGGAGAAUAGCAUUUUGUUGUCUUUGUAGGUGUCAGUAGUACACUUUAUCCAGUGUCUUGGCAACAAAGCGUUUUUUUAAAAUUCUUUUUCUACAUAUGUAUUCCCGUAGACAGAAACAGAAGACAGCCUGCAAAACAUGACUGUCAGUACCAUACAGGAGCCAAAUAAAAAAGAGAAAUCUUUUGAUACCCGUAUUUUUCCUUCAGAUACACCGGCCCGUUCCAAAACCUGCUGUAAAAUCUCUCACAAAGGUCAGGAGCAAGCAAAGGGGAGGUGGCAGCAGCUGCCCCAACACCAGCUACCAUGCCGAGGGCCCCAUGCUGCGCCCAGCUGCGUGCAGGCCCAGGGCUGCAUACCCCUCACUUGGCACAGGUGGAGGACAGCACCUGGAACCCCAGCAGCUGCUCCAUGCUGGUUCCCAUCCUGCCUGCCUACACCGUCAGGCACUUCAGUUACAAGCCUGUAUGAUUAAGAAAGGACCCUGACCUCCAGUAACAGAUGAAGCAUGAGGUAAAUAGCAGAUGCUGGCUUAGGCACGCAGAGUAACAGAGAACCUCACUUUGUGCAGAAACUCCUCUUAUCAGACAUGACCCUCACUGAAAUUUUGCUAUUCACACCAGCCCCACUUGAUAGGCUUGGAUUUCUCACACGCUCAUCUGAUGAAUGCGUGGAGGUGGAGUUGCACACUUGCAGGAGCAGCAGAAGGAAACCACAGAGAUGAGUUUCACCUUGCAUGGUGCGUACAAUCUCCACUUGAGGACCUCAGCCAAGCACUCGUCAGCACAGUUAUCAGAGGCACAUCUGCGCUGAACCUCUGAGAGAGAUUUUUGCUGAAAAAAUGUGUAAUUUUUACACUGAUAAAAUGGACUUCAGUUUUUUACCCCCACUAAGGAUAAAUAAAAAGGAGUAUAAGUAAACAUACAACCGUAUUCAACAGCAAGCAUCAUUCCAAUUAUUAAAAUUACAUUUCAAUUUUCUGUAAAUACUAAAUAAUUUCCAACAGUAAUCAUUACUCAGGACUCUGAAGAUUGAUGCAAAUAUAAUUCAUACGUAGUUGGGAAGUAAUCAUUGGGUUCUUACUGCUCUGUAAAUCAUACCAUUGCUGAGUCAUAUGCACGUGAUGGAAUCAGAUAAGUAUGCAUUUUUUUGUAAGCAGAUAAGAGUAAAUAUGUAUUUUGCUAAAACAACAGAAAUCUUUUGCUGAUCUCCGAAGUUUUCAAUGUAUUAUUCCCAAAACAACGAAAAUCACAAUUUUGCAUUGCAAAAUAAGCUGGUAGGCACUGCAGAAGCUAGACUACAUUCAGUACUUGUAUUUUUAAUGGACAGAGCUGUUCUUCUUUAUGCAGUACCAGUGGAGACAGUUCUGUGGCACACAAAGUGUCCUGCACUAAGAGACAGAGCUCUGCGCUAUCUAUCUAUCAGGGCCACAAGAGAAAACCAGCACAGAAGUUUAGCAGCCAGUUUUACUGGCAGGAAGAUAAGAAGUGAAGGGAAGCACAGAGGUUUAUUUAUGCAGAACAGGACGUAAUGGGGACGGUCCUGACUUCUGGACUGCUGCUGGGGGCUGGAGAGGGAAUCCUGCAAGUAUCAGAAGGUAAAUGGGAUUUUGGUUUUUGAACAUGUGUCUUUCCUACCUGUACAGCAAAGCUGGGGGCUCUGCUGAAGACGAGCCAUUCACAAAUGUCUGCUCUGUUAUAUAAAUGCUUCCAGUUGCUAUGCAUUCUAGGAAGUGCUUCUGUCUGGCUGUUAACCUGAGACGGAUUUCAGGCCCUUCCGCUACCUUUAUAUCAGAGGAAAAUAAUAAUUUGAUUUUACAGAAUAAAUUGAUUUUAAGCAGACUUGUGAUGAAAAUGGGAGAUUUGUAUUUCACCUCAUGAUAGAAACGCUUUGCUAAAGUUACAGCAAAACGAACCAAAGUCUUUCCUCAUCUGAGGACACGCGCAGUGGCAGCAGCACGGCCCCAGCCCCCUGCUCCUGCGCUGUGCAGCACUGGGAGGCGGCCGCCUGCAGUCGCACAGCACAGAGCGCGCAGCAGGACUCACCCACCCCAAUAACCAACCAAAGCACACUGUAUUUGACAUCCCUGACAGAUCUCAGCAAAACAGAGCAUCUCAAGAGUACAAGCCAGCUCCCAUUAAACUCAGAAGAAAUUCACAGCCUCUUAUCAGACUUUAUCCUAAACUCUGGCAUUGUUGUAAUGGCAGUCCUAAAACCAAGCUGAACGUAGGGCUUGUGUUUAUUACAUGGUUAAUAAGAGAAUGCAGACUGUUUGGACAUGCUGUUUCUUACCAGACAACAACGCUGUAUUUCUGUAGUCAUCUCUUCUGCUUUGAAUUUUUAGUAUAUGGAUCUUUGCAUCCAACUUUUAGUAAAGAACAUACAUGUACUCAA